AUGGGUAUCCUGAAGCCUAUUCUCUUUGUUCAGGUCCUUCUCAUCUCUCUCUUCUCAUCCUCUCACUCUCUACUCCCUAGUCGGCAUCAUUUUAGACAUCACCAUCAUCCUCAUUCCCAUAUCGUAAAUGGCAGCUAUCACAUAAAACACUUCACUCAAAACUUAGACCAUUUUGAUUAUACCCCUGAGAGUUACAGAACUUUUCAACAAAGAUAUCUCAUCGACACCACGUGUUGGGGUGGCGCAAAGAAAGGAUCUCCAAUAUUUGUGUUCAUUGGAGAUCAAGAAGAUAUUCAGCACACUGCGGGGACCAAGGGUUACAUGUUUGAGAUCAAUAAAGUUUUUAAAGCUAUGGUGGUCUUCAUUGAGCAUAGGUAUUAUGGGAAAUCAAUUCCUUAUGGUAGCAAAGAGGUGGCAUAUAAAAAUUCAACCACAUUGGGAUAUUUGAAUACAAGACAAGCCCUUGCUGAUGUGGCAACAUUGGUCACUGAUUUGAAGAAGAAUGUGAGUGCAUUAGACUCUCCUGUGGUGGUAUUUGGAAGUGGAUAUGCAGGAAUUAUGGCUACAUGGUUCAGAUUGAAGUAUCCUCAUGUGGCUCUUGGAGCCUUGGCUUCAUCUGCUCCAAUCCUUGACUUUGAUAAUAUGGUUUCUCCUCACAGUUUUACUGACAUUAUCACAAAAAACAUCAAGUCGGAGAGCGAAAGCUGCUACAAAACUAUAAAGAAAUCAUGGGGUGAAUUUGAGAAGAUACUCAAACAAAAUGGUGGGGGUGAUAAGCUAUCCAAAUCGUUUAAGAUAUGCGCUCCUCAUCCAAUCAAAGAUGAUCUCCAUGACAAAUUGUUUGGUCUCAUUGAACUCGCUUUGAUAUAUUCUUCGUUAUCGGAUUAUCCAUAUGAAUCCCACAUCCACACUCCUCUUCCUCCUUUUCCCGUGAAAAGGAUGUGUGAGGUUAUUGAUUAUCCUAAAGGAGCUAGAGACACUGCAUCAAGAAUACUAGGCGCACUAAAUAUAUUCUACAAUCACACAGGAAAAUCUCCAUGUUUCAAUCUUACCUCCGAGAGUAAGUCCAGUGGUAUCCAAGGAUGGAAGUGGCAGGGAUGUACUGAACUGGUUGAGCCAUCAAUAAAGAACAAGAAUGAUAGCAUUUUCCCUCCUCACACAGGAAAAUCUCCAUGUUUCAAUCUUACCUCCGAGAGUAAGUCCAGUGGUAUCCAAGGAUGGAAGUGGCAGGGAUGUACUGAACUGGUUGAGCCAUCAAUAAAGAACAAGAAUGAUAGCAUUUUCCCUCCUGACUACAAGCACCAACACAAGCAAAAAAGCUCUGAUUGUCCCAAGGACGUGAAGCCUCGGCCUCAUUCUAUCACUACAGAGUUUGGUGGUCAUGAUUUGAGGAGGGUACUGAAGCGGUUUGGCAGCAACAUCAUCUUCUAUAACGGGAAAAGGGAUCCGAUUAGUGCCGGAGGUGUUUUGGAGUCUAUUUCUAAGAGCAUUGUUGCCAUUGUUGCACCAGAAGGUGCCCAUGAAGCAGACCUCCUGUAUCCUAAAAAGGAAGAUGCAGAAUGGCUUGAAAAAGUUAGAAACAAGGAGGUCAAGAUUAUACAAAAAUGGCUUGAAGAGUAUUAUAACGAUGACAAUGAUAAUGAUGACAAUAAUCAAGAUGACGACUAAUUAAGGCAGCUCGGAGUUAAUUUCAUCUGA